CUGUAGGUCGAGCUUCCUCUUUUUCCGGCUGGAACCAUGGCGGCUGUUGAAGAGAAGAAAAAGAAGGUUCCUGUUGUGCCAGAAACGCUUAAGAAAAAGCGAAAGAAUUUCGCAGAGCUGAAGAUCAAGCGUCUGAGAAAGAAGUGUGCCCAAAAGAUGCUUCGAAAGGCAAGGAGGAAGCUUAUCUAUGAAAAAGCUAAGCAUUAUCAUAAAGAAUAUAGGCAGAUGUACAGAACUGAGAUUCGGAUGGCUAGGAUGGCAAGAAAAGCUGGCAACUUCUAUGUACCUGCAGAACCAAAAUUGGCAUUUGUCAUCAGGAUCAGAGGUAUCAAUGGUGUGAGUCCAAAGGUCCGAAAAGUGUUGCAGCUUCUUCGCCUUCGCCAGAUCUUCAAUGGAACUUUUGUUAAGCUCAACAAGGCUUCCAUUAACAUGCUGAGGAUUGUAGAACCGUAUAUUGCAUGGGGGUACCCAAAUCUGAAGUCAGUAAAUGAGCUAAUCUACAAGCGUGGUUAUGGCAAAAUCAAUAAGAAACGAAUUGCGUUGACUGAUAACAGUUUGAUUGCACGAUCUCUUGGUAAAUAUGGCAUCAUCUGCAUGGAGGAUCUGAUUCAUGAGAUCUAUACUGUUGGAAAACGCUUCAAAGAAGCAAAUAACUUCUUGUGGCCCUUUAAGUUAUCAUCUCCACGGGGAGGGAUGAAGAAAAAAACAACCCACUUUGUAGAAGGUGGAGAUGCUGGUAAUAGGGAAGAUCAAAUUAAUAGGCUUAUUAGAAGAAUGAACUAAGGUAUCUGCCCUGAUUGUUUUUGUAAUCUGGUCAGUUAAUAAACAGUGACUGCUUUCAAAUUGAAA